AGUGCUAUUAGUGCACGGCGGGGCCGAGGCGGAGGGCAGCCCGGUGCCUGGUUCGCUCGCACUCGCCGGCAGGUCGGCGCGCUCGCUCACCUGAGCUGUGUCCCGGGGCCGCAGGGCUACCGGGCUGCACGCGCGCCCCCGCCCGCCGAGACACGCACGGAGAUGGGCAGCGGGAGAAGUUGACGAGCCCCCCACGCACGCGGCGCCCUUGCUGUCCAGAGGGGCUGCAGCCAGCGCUCUGUCGCGCGUGCCUGUUUGCCAAAGGAGCCGCCCCGGCGAGGAGAGCCGGAGGGAAGCCGCUUCCAACGGGGAGACCGGCAGCUCAGACACGCGUUCUGGGCGGCCUGGAUGCGCAAGAACCGGCCCCGCAGCCGCUGACGGCCGGCGGCAGCGAAGUUUGGCUGCUAAGCGGCUCGGCGCCUGGCCCCUGGACAGACUGCCCACCGGCGGCAGCAGCGACCGAAGCGAUGCCCGUGGGGGGCCUGUUGCCGCUCUUCAGUAGCUCCGGGGGCGUUGGCCUGGGUGGUGGCCUGGGCGGGGGGCUUGGUGGCAGUAGGAAGGGGUCUGGCCCCGCUGCCUUCCGCCUCACCGAGAAGUUCGUGCUGCUGCUGGUGUUCAGCGCCUUCAUCACACUCUGCUUCGGGGCAAUCUUCUUCCUGCCUGACUCCUCCAAGCUGCUCAGCGGGGUCCUGUUCCACUCCAACCCCGCCUUGCAGCCGCCGGCAGAGCACAAGCCCGGGCCCGGGGCGCAUGCCGAGGACGCCGCCGCGGGGCGAGUCCGGCACCGCGAGGAAGGCGUGCCCGGGGACCCCGGGGCUAUCCUGGAAGACAACUUAGCCAGGAUCCGUGAAAACCACGAGCGGGCUCUCAGGGAAGCCAAGGAGACCCUGCAGAAGCUGCCCGAGGAGAUCCAAAGAGACAUUCUGCUGGAGAAGGAGAAGGUGGCCCAGGACCAGCUGCGUGACAAGGAGCUGUUUGGGGGCCUGCCCAAGGUGGACUUCCAGCCUCCCAUCGGGGUAGAGAACCGGGAGCCAGCUGAUGCCACCAUCCGCGAGAAGAGAGCAAAGAUCAAAGAGAUGAUGAACCAUGCUUGGAAUAAUUAUAAACGUUAUGCCUGGGGCUUAAACGAACUGAAACCUAUAUCCAAAGAAGGCCAUUCAAGCAGUUUAUUCGGUAACAUCAAAGGAGCAACGAUAGUAGACGCCCUGGAUACACUUUUCAUCAUGGGAAUGAAGACCGAAUUUCAAGAAGCUAAAUCAUGGAUUAAAAAAUAUUUAGAUUUCAAUGUGAAUGCUGAAGUCUCUGUUUUUGAAGUAAAUAUACGCUUUGUCGGCGGACUGCUGUCAGCUUACUACUUGUCUGGGGAAGAGAUAUUUCGAAAGAAAGCAGUGGAACUUGGGGUAAAAUUGCUACCUGCAUUUCAUACUCCCUCUGGAAUACCUUGGGCAUUGCUGAAUAUGAAAAGCGGCAUUGGACGGAACUGGCCCUGGGCCUCGGGGGGCAGCAGUAUCCUGGCAGAAUUUGGAACUUUGCAUUUGGAGUUCAUGCACUUGAGCCACUUAUCAGGAAACCCCAUCUUCGCUGAAAAGGUAAUGAAUAUUCGAACAGUGUUGAACAAGCUGGACAAACCGGAAGGCCUUUAUCCUAACUAUCUGAACCCCAGUAGUGGACAGUGGGGUCAACAUCAUGUGUCAGUUGGAGGACUUGGAGACAGCUUUUAUGAAUAUUUGCUCAAGGCUUGGCUAAUGUCUGACAAGACCGACACAGAAGCCAAGAAGAUGUAUUUUGAUGCUGUUCAGGCCAUUGAGACUCACCUGAUCCGCAAGUCCAGCGGGGGACUAACGUACAUCGCUGAGUGGAAGGGGGGCCUCCUGGAACACAAAAUGGGCCACCUAACAUGCUUCGCAGGGGGCAUGUUUGCACUCGGGGCUGAUGGAGCUCCAGAAGCCCGGGCCCAGCACUACCUUGAACUUGGAGCUGAAAUCGCCCGCACCUGUCAUGAAUCUUACAAUCGCACCUACAUGAAGCUGGGACCAGAAGCUUUCCGAUUCGAUGGCGGUGUAGAAGCCAUUGCCACGAGACAGAAUGAGAAGUACUACAUUUUACGGCCAGAAGUCAUUGAGACCUACAUGUACAUGUGGCGACUGACUCAUGACCCCAAGUACAGGACCUGGGCCUGGGAAGCCGUAGAGGCCCUGGAAAGUCACUGCCGAGUCAAUGGAGGCUACUCGGGCCUACGGGAUGUUUACCUUGCUAAUGAGAGUUAUGACGACGUUCAACAAAGUUUCUUCCUGGCAGAGACUCUAAAGUAUUUGUACUUGAUAUUUUCUGAUGAUGACCUUCUUCCGCUAGAACACUGGAUAUUCAAUACCGAGGCACACCCUUUCCCUGUCCUCCGAGAAGAGAAGAAGGAAAUUGAAGUCAAAGAGAAAUAAAAGACAUUUUCUAUUUUCCUCUGCUUCGUUCCCUCGCUGCAUACCUUAAUAAUUCCUUCCCUGGUCAUCAGAUACAUGAUGAACUUUUACUGAUCGAUAAAAGUCUAUGAUUAUCCUAAGUUCUGAAAUUGUUUUGCAGUCUUUUAUGUUUAUUAUCAUAAGCCUAAGUGGACCUCAACUCCUUACUUCUUUAUUAUACAGCUAGUAGGUCCCCUGAUUUUGUUUGUCUUUUUUUUUUUUUAAGGAAUCUAUUGUUUCUGGAGUUCAUGAAGUUGUGACCUCAUUUUCAUGAAACAGAGUAGAACCGUCUACCAGUGACCUUAAUUAUGAUUUGAUUUGACUGCAAAACUUCUUCCUCCUCUAUGAGGAGAUGGUGUCUGCUUUAAGCUGUAAUGUUUUGCCAUGUUGCAAAAAGCCAUAAUAAUAAAUUAAGUAUUAAAAAGCUUUUUUUUUCCUUUUCAAGUUCAUGUUAAUCUGGUUUGUCUAGCCACCAGAGACAGAUCUCAUAACUGUGACAGCCUCUUAGAGGUCUAUUGUUAUUUGAUAGGAUGUCUUCUAAGUCCUCCACUCACAUCCCAUUCAAAUGAGGAAGUCGUCCCAGAAGAGCCAGCCAGGCUGACCUCGUUUCAUCAAAUGAAGCGCGGUGUGUCUUCAGUUUUGAUUAUGUUCGUGUUUCCACACUUUUGAAUUUCUUCUCUCCUUCUGCUUUAAAUGCCCUGUGGCGUCUCUAUAUCAUGUACCGCUUAAUUUCCUCCAUUCCCCACUACACAGCAAGGUGAGCCCUUGAGUUCUGCAGAGCGCCCCUGUUACUGAAUUACAGUUUUGAAAGGGAAAUGAUGCAACUUUUUUAACCUGCCAGGUUUUGCUUUUAACUGAACCCAGUCCGUCCUGGAAUCUGGUCCCUAACGAGAGGCUGAGGAGUCCAUAUGACUAGGUCAUGUAUUUGCAUUGCAUCUGUGGUUUUUUUUUUUUAAGGAAAGGAAACGUUGCACGUGGUUCCAAUUUGAAAAGGGCUCUUCCCAGAUGUGGUUAAUGACUUCACUUGUUUGUGAAAAGGAGCUUUUACCCAGUGAAAGAAACAUUACCAAUUUAUCUAUUCGUGUUCAACUAGGGAAAAUCAGAUUUGCUCUUAAGAACACAGUAUGCUUCGUGUGGUUACAUUCAGCAUAAAGAUCUUAACUUAGAAGAAAUGUAUAGGAAUGGACACACAUCUUUAUAAUUUGAUCUGUAGCCGAUCAAAAUGAUUCUUCUAAACCUUAUUUUGAAAUAUGAAUGAUUUUCCCAAGAACAGAUUUGGUGACAACUUGCAUAACCACACCUGCUCUUAUGUAUGCACUAAGGGAUAAAGUCUCUAACCACAUCGAUGUGAUUAUGUAUGGAACAAAGAUUCUAACCACCUCAACUUCAACCCACUAUGGUCAACAACAACAAAACAAAUAGUAUAACCCAUGGAUCAGGCUGAAGUGUAGAUUUCUGUGCAUUUAUAUUCUUCAGACUUUCUCGUUUUGUCAGUUUCAUGUUGUUUGACGUAUUUUUUUGAGACAGUUAUUUUGUUAAAUCUCAGUAAACAAUAGUUUUAUUCAUUUCAGCUUUCAGGAGGGUUUCAAACUAUGUCACGUAGGAUCACCACCUUGUGUAGCCUGGUUGUUUCCAGUGUUGUACAUUAGAAUACAUCAAAAUACAUAAACGUGUGAAAUUAGUAAAUGGAAAAAAGUCUCUCAGCAUACCUGGGUAACUUCCUCCUGUAAUCUGUUUAAUCCAUGGAGUUCAUGAAUCAUGACAUCAUGUUCAUGAAUCUAAGUAGAACAGCUUGCCUUGACCCCUUAAUUACACCUUGAUUUGACUGUAAAAUUUUUCUCUUCUCUAGGAAGAAUAAGUGAAUAACAAACCUUUCUUUCCUCAGAACUCUGAUGUUAAAUAUUGACAUUUGCUGCCAAAACAUGUGGCCAAAUGUAUUUCUAUUUUAAUUUUCAUUCUCUUUGGAUGAACUGUUUAAUUCAUUUUCUUUGCAUUUCGAUUUGAGGGAGCACAGAAAGCCGGUGAGUACUCGGCAGCAGGUGACGUUUUAAAGUCAGGCUCUGGGUGCCGACUACACUGUAGUGUGCCUUUUGUGUCCCAGAAUAAGCAGGCAGGAAGCUGAACCACAAUGUUGCUCUCCAAUGGCAAGAAUCAUUUUUUUCAGUUUUAAAACUUGGACUUUUUUUUAAAUACCAGAACACCAAAAAUGUAAACAAGAUAAGAGAUUAAUAUUAUAGUAUUGUAACUAAAUUAAGCUUAUAUUUUGUGUUAAUUUUAAACAACUGAAGUCUCCAAUAGACACCAACUCAUUCACUUUCAACAAAACUGUUCAAUUUAAUUUACAUGUGUAAUCCACAUCCUUAAAGACCAACAGUUAAAAUAGCGCCUACUUUUGUGUUUGUGGAAUAUGUUUUGAUAUAGUUUGUGCAGUUAAUAUUAUAAACAUUAAGUUGAAUGCCAAUUUAUAGAACCCAAUGACCUCUAUCAGGAUAUUUUCCAUGUGUAUCAUCCAUUUUUACAUUGAUCGUUUUUGAUUUGUUCUAAGUGCAUUCUGUCAUUUCCAACUUUAUAUAAAUCUCUGAUGUUAUGGGAAACAAUAGAUGGACACAUAAUUUUUAAAAAUUAUAUUUGUAAAAUUUCUCUAUUGUGAAUAAAGUCUUUUACUAUA